CCCCCAGAGCCUCCGCACCAGUCGCAUUUCGACGACGAUGCCGCGCGCGCACCUCUAACCACCGAAAAACGCGCGCCCAAAAAAACUUAAUUUGAAUUUCGAAUCCGAAAUAAAACAAACGAAAACUUUAGUGAAAAAUGACUGUGCAACAUUGAAUUUUAAGUUUUUUUUUACCAAAAAUAUACUAUUACCAAAAUGGGUCCCCUAUUAGUGUUAUGUUUGUGUCUAAGUGCAUCAGUGGUGUACGGUGAGGAGGUCCCGGGCGCGGGGGGCAGCGCGCGGGAGGAGAAACUGCGGAGCGCGCUCAUUGACGCCUUCCAGAACAUCAAGAAGACAUCCGCGCGCGGGCUGGACGACGAGGGGCUCGGCAACUCCGACCUCAUCGGCUCGCAGCCGGCCCCCAGCGCCGCGCCCGAGCCGCACGAGUCCUUCGACCUCUUCGCCGACGACGACGGCCUCUCCUUCGCCGAAGCCUUCAGCGAAACCGCCGACGACGCUCACGACCACAGCACUGAGAAGUCGCACAACGUGCAGCACAUCGUGAAGGCGCCGGCCAAGAACAAGACGACGAGCAAGCCGGGCCGCGACUCCAUCAUCCAGCGGUUCAGCAACUCGAUACGAACAACGAUUAACGAGACGAGGAACAUAAGCGCUAAAAGGGAAAGCGCUUCCUACAACGAGUCGGCUUUCCUGGGCAUAGACAACACUCUGCGGGUGUUCGACUCGGAGAUCCUGGUGCGGCAGUGGCGGCAGCUGCGGCGCGAGGUGGCGGGCCGCUGCCUGGAACACCUGCAGCUUUACGUCGACGGGCUGGUGGAAAAACGACUCUGGGCUAUGAAGAUGGACGACGCGAGCGGGCGCUACUCCAGCAUGUUCUACUGGGGCAACAACUACUGGACCGGUUCCUCCGAGCUGUGCCUCGCCAUCAACGACGCGCACGAGCCCGACAUGCAGCAGGCUAACAAGAGCAGCGGGUCGCAGAUCUUCGCGGCGUGGCGCGACGACGUGUCCCUCUCCGGCGCGCGGGCCCCCUUCGAGGCCGCCUUCUACAGCGCGCGCCUCGCCCUCACGCUGGCUCCCAAGGCGCAGAUCACCAACUUCCGGCGCACAGUUCACGUGGGCCUCUGCCUGCCUCGCUCGUGCACGCCGGCGGACGUGGGCCGCGUGCUGGCCGCCGCGCGCGCGCCGCUGCUGCGCCACGCCGUGCUGGCCGUGCGGGCGCCUGCGCAGGGCACGUACCAGUACCUCGAGGAUCCGACGUUCCGGGUGUUGUUGAGCAUAUGCUGCAUCGUGGGCACGCUGCUGGUCGCCGCCACGGCGUACGACAUGAAGCUGGCGCGCGACGUGCGCCGGCGCCGCCGCCGCGUGGAGAACAUGGCCGCCGUCGAGAGCGGACGCAGCCUCGUCGCCGCCACCGACGCUAAGGCAAUUGUUUCAGGCAAGUCCCUGUACAACGAGAACAACAACAUCGCGCUGAACAGCAACCACUCGGAGGAGCGCCUCACCGCGGAGACCGUGUCCAACGAUGGGGAGCUCAAGCUGAGUGUGUGGUCGGAGUUGCUGCUGUCGUUCUCGAUGAAGGCGAACAUCCUGCAGAUCUUCGACCAGUCGGUGGGCGCUGACACCAUCCCCGUGGUGCACGGCCUGCGCUGCAUGUCUAUGGUGUGGGUGAUCUUCGGUCACACGUGCAUCGUGGUGUUCAAGUACGCGGACAACACGGCGCUGCGGGCCAUGCUGGAGCAGAGCUUCUGGUUCCAGCUCAUCAUCAGCGCCGUGUACAGCGUCGACACCUUCUUCUGUCUCGGAGGCAUGUUGGUGACGUUCCUGUACUUCCGUACGAACGCGAAGGGCAAACUGGACCUGCUGACGAAGGGCAGGAGGAAGUUCACCGCCGGACUGCUGCAGUUCCUCGGACUCAUCGCCUAUAGAUUUGCGAGACUGACAGCGCCGUACCUCUUCAUGCUUGGAGUCGUCGAGGUGACGAUGAAGUGGUUCCAGCACAACGCGGUGUUCGAGCCGCCCGCGCUGGACCACGAGACCUGCCCGCAGUACUGGUGGAGGAACCUGCUGUAUAUUAACACUCUGUUCCCGGUCGAGCAGAUGUGCAUGUUAUGGAGUUGGUACCUGUCAGACGACACUCAGUUUUACGCAGUCAGCGCUGUCCUCCUCAUUCUGGCUACCAGCAACUUCAACCUCUCAGCAGCUCUAACCGGCGUCUUCUUCAUCUCCUCGCUCCUGACCACGGGCUACGUGUCGUGGUCCAACGAGCACGUGCCCAACGGCGACGACCCGUUCACGUCCUUCGACAAGAUCUACGACAAGCCGUGGACGCGGCUCGGCCCGUACCUGGUGGGCAUGGCGACCGGCUGGAUACUGUUCAAGACCAACUUGAGGAUACGGAUGAAUAAGCUAUGGGUAACCGUGGGCUGGCUGUGCUGCACGGGCACACUUCUCUUCCUGAUCUUCGGGCUCUACAACACGCGGCUGAGCGUGGCGGCGGCGGCGGCGUACAGCGCGCUGUCGCACUCGCUGUGGGCCGCUGCUAUCGGCUGGAUCAUCGUGGCUUGUUCUACGGGAUAUGGAGGCUGGGUGCGCUCUCUCCUGGCCGCGCCCGUGCUGUACCCGUUCUCGCGGGUCACCUACUGCGCGUACCUCGUGCACCCCGUCGUGCUGCGCUACGUCGCCAUGCACCUCACGCAUCCGAUACAUCUGGGGGAGCUGCUCGUUUUCGUGUUGUUCCUGGGCCUCACAGUAAUCUCCUACGUACUGGCCUUCAUCAUUUCCGUGGCUUUCGAGGCUCCCAUGGUCACCAUGCUCAAGAUACUGUCGCCGCAGCGGAAACCGCACAGAGUAUGAAACUUAUAAUGGCAUAAGUUUUAUACUCUGUGGCCCAGUUUUAUACCCUAGGCUGUUAUGUUACAAGUUUCGCUGCGUCUUUAGUAGUUUGUCUACUGGGAACGUAGCUUUAGUGCAAAGGAUUUUUGCAAUUUUGUGCAAAGUUUAUUGAACUUUGCGUCGUUAAAUUGCAUUUUGACUGAUGUCAAAUUAUUGUAUGUAGUAUUGUGUAGUUGUAAAAUGCAUUUGAACGUGUGUGAAACUGUUAAAUAUUGAAGAUGAAUGGUACAAAUAUGUGUAUGUGUAGUUAUUGUUGAAUAAUUGGCGCUUCAGUUUAAUUGUAAGUACCAGUGACUUAAGAUUUGUAUACCUAUUUUUAAAAGUUGAGUAUAAGAAGUAAGAAGGUAUGAUAAUAAAAUUAUAAUGUUUGCUCAAGUAUAGAGUUACCUGCGAAAUGUCAGACAGAUAUAGGUAGUAUGAUAUUGUUUGAUGUGUAAUUAAAUUCAAGGAAAAUAUCGCUAUGAUUAGUUACCUACGUGAUGUGUUAACCAAUUUACAAAUGUAGGGAAAUAUAUUAUUUAUCUUUAAAAUAUGUAGGUACCUACACCACAAUACAACGCAUUAGACGUUGGGUACUUAACCUACUCAAGUCUUUAAUUAAUACAAGAACUAUAAAUAAUUAAAUACGUUUGUUUUACACUACGGAUAUGUAACCAGAACCACGUUUCAAAAGAUACAUUUUUGUCUUUCGAUUAGUAAAUUUGUAAACGAUCUCGUAAAACUAAAACAUGUUCAUUGAUCAAAAUGCUGAAACAUUUUACUUGUGUAUUAUUGUACAUAUCGAUACAAUAUGUUUAUUCGUAAUUAAUCUUAUGUAAAUAAGUUGUAAAUAUUAUUAUAGUUAUUGAAUAUUUUAAAUUUUAAUAAAAAAAAGUUUUAUAGUGAUAAGUGUAUUUCUGUAAAUUCUACUUUCCGUCUGUUAUAAGUACACACAAAUAAAAGAGAAUGUUUAGUUAGUGAUCACGUUUAUUACCCGUCAAAAGAUAAUAACUUACAAUUCAUUUAAUUAAUUAUGUACUUAGUAAAUACAAAUAACUAUAUUUAGGGUUGAACGCCACCGUCUCCGAGAGAGUUCUAGUUAAUUGCACAAGACGCGUCAAAAAUGACUGGAAAAUUCAUUAGGAUCGCGCCCGCCAACGACACACUAGGCCUUAUAAUAAUUUUUAACUCUCCUUUAGUCACUAGGAUAUCGUUGGCUCGACGCCAUCGCACGCUUCCAGUGUCUAUACU